CCCCCUCGGCUCGCGCCCCUCGCCCCGCGGGCCGGCGCCGCCCCCGCCAGCUCCCUGCGGGACCCCGGCCGGCCGGCAGGUCGUGAAUUUGUUAUCCCAUCCUUGGCUCACAGGUUUAUAGCAGAGAUGGUGGAUUUCUUUAUUCUUUUUUUUAUUAAGGCAACCAUUGUUUUGAGUAUUAUGCACCUCAGCGGAAUAAAGGAUAUCUCAAAGUUUGCAAUGCAUUACAUCAUAGAGGAAAUAGAUGAAGAAACCUCCAUGGAAGACUUGCAGAAGAUGAUGGUAGUGGCUCUUGUCUAUAGACUGCUAGUCUGCUUCUAUGAGAUUAUAUGUAUUUGGGGAGCUGGUGGGGCAACCCCUGGGAAAUUUUUACUGGGCCUGCGAGUUGUGACAUGCGACACAUCAGUACUUAUUGCACCAAGUCGUGUGUUAGUGAUUCCAUCCUCUAAUGUGAGCAUGACAACAUCUACAAUACGAGCUUUGAUCAAGAACUUUUCUAUUGCUUCCUUUUUUCCUGCAUUCAUUACCCUGCUGUUCUUUCAGCAUAAUCGAACAGCCUAUGAUAUUGUAGCAGGGACAAUUGUGGUAAAAAGAAAUGGCAUCAGAUGAUAUCCAAGGAAGCCUUGAUUCUACCAUUCAGACUAGCUGA